GUUCUAACAAGAGCACUUAAUCAAUGAACUACCGUACUCGUGCACAUAAAAAGGUCGACACUAUAUACCAAACAAUUCAUUUACUUAAAAACUUUCCAGAAUAUAACAUCACGCACUCAUUUUUUUUUUUUAACCACCAGACGGACAACAACAACAACAUUGACUUAAAAUGAAUUUGAUAAUCUCGAGCUUGUAUGCAAUCACUCUGAUAGCACAGCAUGUGGAUGUCACGGCAGGUUAGUCAGAUUAUUAACUAACAUACAAAGAAGUCACCCAGUGCAAUGUGCUGAAAAUUAUAUAAAAUUCAACGUUUUAAAAUUCUAAAAUUAGCAAUGAAAAUGAUGUGAAAGUUUGUGAUGACAAUAGUGAUGGCUUUCUUCUUUCCGAAGACUACAACGUUGAGUCGAUGUUUCAGCGCCAGAUUCCGUCUCAGACGUAAACAUUUAUUUAAACAGUUCAUUUAAGGUUAUAUAAAGAGUUCAUAACACAUAUGACAUGCAACAUGCAGGAUGGCACGUAGCUUUUCUGUUGCUGGACCUGUGGGCAAAAAUAUCUCCAGGUUCUCCUGAUGCUAAAAAUGUAACAUUUCAUACUCGGCAAUUCUUCAAAUAUCUCAUGAGCUUCUCGGAUCUCCAUAUCGCCUGUCACGAAAUAUAUUGAUUUAAAAUACAAGAUGAUCCUUUGGCAUCAAAAUUUCUGAAAGAAAACAAACUGUACAAUGAUAGUGAGAACAAAAUAAUUUACUUUGGUACCCCCCCCCCACGCCCCCUCCCCUCUCCCCCCCAAAAAACCUGCUCAAUGUUUGGGGGCUUCGUGUUCAUUUAUUAGACAAGAAAAUCUACAAAAUAUUUGAUACUUUAUGUGAUUUUGGCAUCAAAAUUUCUGAAAGAAAACAAACUGUACAAUGAUAGUGAGAACAAAAUAAUUUACUUUGGUACCCCCCCCCACGCCCCCUCCCCUCCCCCCCCCAAAAAAGCUGCUCAAUGUUUGGGGGCUUCGUGUUCAUUUAUUAGACAAGAAAAUCUACAAAAUAUUUGAUACUUUAUGUGAAGAGUGAAUCAAGAGAGACAAACAUACAGUUCAUCGUCUCAAAACAAUUCUUUACAUACUUGAUUGUCGUUUAACCAACAAACAUAUAGAUCUUUAUUUAUUUUACACACUACCCCUAGGCUACAUUUAUAGGACUGAAUGUAACAAAGCUGGUGGCGAAAUCGGCAUUUCACAACUGGAAUCCAAUCAAACUGAUACUAUUUCUUAUUAAGACAGGUUAGCUUUGAGUUUGUCACAGAAAAAUUGACCAAACAUGUUCUUUGUUUUCGCUUUGUCAAAGCGCGAGUGUUCACAUAGGUCUCCAAACAAUUACCUCUUGGUUGAAACUCUAUCACCAAAAGUUCGGAUAUUAGUGGGACUUUGUUGUUUUUCUUUAGUAGAUUUUUUAAUUAGAUUUACAUUUUAUUAGAAAUUUGAUUAGAGAUGAGUCCCCAAAAAAUUAACAGUGAAUUUGCAGCCCACCAAUUUUGAUGCUUUACUGUAUAAUUCUACCACUGUAGCGGCGAAGCUGGUGUUCCACACGAAUGAACCAGUGGUUCACAUGGUGCUGACCAAACAACUCCAACUCAGGUGCUCUGUCAGUUCCAUCGACGCCAUGGCUUCAAACACGAACACGGCGGUUUCGGCAAGUUCUGACGUCGCCCACGCCAUUUCCAUCAUCAUCACAAAAAGUAGCAACGUCACUGGACAAGCGGAACCCGUCGCGAGCAUAUCGCAGUUCGAGCCGGCCAGUCCUGAUGGAUCGCCAGCGGAAAAUUUACACGUGGAAGGUAACAUCACGGAAAAUUCACCGAUGAAAGAGCUGGGCUACCUUCAAGUGACCUGGAAUGGCCCAACAGGGGCGCAAGCCGGGAUCUACAAAUGUGAAAUUACGGCUCUGACCUCCAACAAGCACAUCGUCGAAAUAAAUGGCAAACUGAACAUCACGGCCUCAGAGCCUGGGGUCUCGGACCUGAUCAGGUUCAUCAUCGAGCACGACCGGCUCAUCAACCAGCUGCAGAUCACCAACCAGGAACUCGUCAAUAAAACCGAGGAGCUGCGGGCCAACCUGACGGCGUCGAACAAACUCCUGGAAAACACGAUCAUCAGCGACGUCAGAUACCUCCGAUCCAACAUGAGUAAUUACGGCAGUGAGCUGAGCUGGAUAACGGACAGGCUCAACAGCACCCAGCUGGAGUCGGGACUGAACGGGUGCAGCAACUACACCAACGUGGUGUUCCGUAGAAGCUACACGCAGACGCCGCGUGUGCUGGUGUCCAUCGCCAACGCCAUGUUCGACAGCCUCUCUUCUUUUGAUUUUGGAUUCGAGGUCUACGUGAUCAAUGUCACGCUGCGUGGAUUCACGGCUUACUGCAAACGAACUGGAGCGGGCUUUCAGGCCAACUUUGCGUGGCUGGCCACAAGUCAAACCGAGAAUUUCUAGUGGCCGGUGCUGGAAUAUAAAUAAACAUUUGGUAGAAAUUGAGAAAAAUAUGUGCAUCUAAAUGGACAUAAAUGAAAGAUGAGAAUUCUAUUUGAGAGUACAUUGAGAUAACGCUGGGCUGACGCAGAAAUAAUCUAAGAAUGCAUUGUUUAUUUAAUCAGUAUGUUGUCAUUCCAUCUUUGUAAAUUAAUAAUAAGUGUACGAUAGUUUAAAGCCAAACUGAUCUAUUAUGCACUUCUUUGUUCUGAUGUAUACGUUUCUUGCAUCAUUAAAAGUUUUGAGAGGUAUUUUUCUGCUCUAUAUCAUUCGCCUACCUCACCCCUUUUCUUUCUCUAAACAUGACCUUAAAUGACCAAAUCUAAUUGAUCACUAAUUAAAUCAUUAAUGUCGCUAAAGGAGUUCACUGAUGACUAAUUUCUACGCUAGAGAAACACUUAAGAUGUCAAGUUUUUUUAAUUGUUUAAUUGUUGGGCCUGCCCCACCGCUUUUCGUCCCCGUAAACUAAAAAAGAUUUUCACUUAAAGGUGUGAAAACGUAAUCUUAAAUUUACAACAAAACCUCUAUAAAGCAAUUUAAAAACUUUUAUUUGAACUGAAUUUGAUAUACUGAUACAUAAAAAUGUAACCAAAAAGUUGAUUUUGUUUUCUACGCUAUUAUCGGAAGAUCGUAAAAGAAAGAAUUAUUUUAUCAAAAUAAGAUCUCUUACCCGUUUGUUGACGUCCUUGGGUGUUUUUUUUUAAAUUCAUAAUUGUUAUUAUUAUUUUCAUAACAAUAUUCACCAACUUUACGUUCCGCAAGUAAAAACAAUCAGAUCGUUUCAUUUUUUUUAAAAAUCUCAACCUAUCUCUAUUUCACAAAAUUCAAUUUUCGCGUCUGUAAAAUGAUUGUGUUUUGAUGUUGAUGAGUAGACGUAUGCAAAUGUACCCACGUUUUGUUAACGCCAUUGAUUUUCUUAAUUGUUAAAAAUGUGCUUAUUUGUAAAAAGAGAAUGUAAGAUGUCCUUUUCACAACUGUAAUAUCAUUUGAUGUAAUUAUAGUUGUGUUGGGGUUUCAGAUGUGACUUAAUACAUAAGUGAAAGAUAAAUUAUUUGGUUUGUAGAUUUUUAUAUGCAAAUGUUGGAAUGAUGCCCACUUUAAAACAAGCUGAAGAUGUUUAAAAAUAAGUUGAAUCUGUUUACCGUACCCUCAAGACACAGAUAAAAAGAAUCAUCCACACACGAAGUCGCCAUUAAAGUGAAUACUUUAAACGACAGAGACUGUUUGUCUAUUGAUAAACUAUUUUGGAUUUCUUCGGCUCCAUUAGCAAGCAACUUAUAACUUUCUCUCAGCACAAAAUUUAACGAUGUCAACCAUAAAUGUCGAUAAAUUAAAUCCAACUUUCUCAAAAUUAGCCUCUGGAGACAAAUUGAUACCCGCUCAUCAGCCCUAUUUUGCAAAUAUAACUGUAAAAUUUGUUGUCAUUUGGAACAAGAGCCCCCACCAUUUGCUAUCAUUGGUAACUAGAACCCAAACAUAUUUAGGCUGGGGUGUUGGGGGCACAAUUAUGAGUUAGAAAAAUGUGUCUUCAUAAAUUGAAGUUUAAUAUAGGAUUCUCUAGAUUUAAAAAAAAACGUGUUUGAAAAUCUAAGAAAAAUAUAAAACCAAAUGUAACAAUUACAUCCCCAGCGGCUCACCUAACGUUUGAAAGCUCACCUGCCGUCAUUUACCCUGUCGUUACAAAACAGCUGCGCCUGCGCUGCUCUGUCCAGUCGACCAGCCCCGCUACCACCGUUACAACCCCGACACCAAUGAACACAACAAAUCCAGGGAUAUUGGUGAUUAUCAAUCCUCAGAUCCAGUCCACGAAUGACGACGGUGACGUCAGUCAUGUCAUGUCCAUCAUCAUAGCCAAGAAAGACAACACCACCGGUCAGUCGGUGAACGUGGCGAGCGUCACAGCGUACGACCAGGCCACCGCCGAGGGUCCUUUCAGCGGCAAAGUCCGCGUCGAAGGUAGUAGCGAGCAAUCCCACGCCACCAGCGAGCUCGGUUUCUUGGAACUGAUCUGGGACGGCCCAGCUGAGGACCAGGCGGGACUCUACACUUGCGAGAUAUUCGGACUCAACCUCGACAAGCAUUCAACGUACCUGCGAACGUCCAAAGAGGUGAUCAUGUCGGAACCAGACAUUGCGAGCCUAGUCAACUUCAUCAUUCAGCACGACACCGUAAUUCAACAGCUGGAGUCGUCGAACGAAAUGCUGAGAGACGAAGAAGCCCGCCUGCAGGCGAACCUCACGGCCAACCAUGAGGGUCUCCUCCGGGAGGCGCUGAAAGAAGCUGAACUCAUGAUGUCCACGGUGACCUCUUCGCAGAGAGAGCUGGACACGAUAUUAGAGAAGGUUGAACAUUCUCUGAUACAGACGGGGAAGGAGGAGUGCAACAACGCCACUGAUAUCACGUUUCGGCAUUACUACAACAGCACACCGGCCGUGCUGCUGUCAAUCACAGACGCAGAGUUCAACCCGAAUCUUGUCUACUGGCCGUAUCACGAGGACUUCGGUUUCCAGGUGUAUGUGCAGACGGUCGACAACUAUGGAUUCAGUGCGUUCUGUAAGAGAAAGGGCAGCAACUCAUUUGCCAACUUCACUUGGUUUGCGAUGGACAAAAACAUUUUUUAAACUGCACAGAAUAAUCCUCAUUAAAAUAGUUACGUGAAAUUAAGACCCAUAUUUUCCUUCACUUUAGUGUUGCUUUUAGCGUUCUUAUAACGCUCAGACUAAGAGCCUCACUGAGCACACAGGAAUAUUGGGGAAUACAAUAAAUUCUAUCUCAUUAGUGAU